AUGGAGGGAAACGACAAGGGCAAAGAAGCUACGGAUAGCGCCCCCAUCAGACCAGUAUCGUCACUUCUUUCCCACUUUGAAAAUCUUUCGCAUCGCCGUUCACCGUCGGCGGUUCCCAACGGUUCCCACGAUUCUUACCUUCUCAAGGCUCCGCAGCUAGCCGACGAUCCCCGUUCAUCCACACGAGCCUCUCUCGAUCUACCACGUCCAUCUCCUUGGGGCUCUGGGACAGACACGCCGAAUGGCAGCCGAACUGAUUACGGGAAUGGUACUCCCCGGCGGAAUGGUGGAUCUCCGGGGAUAUCACCUGGAAGGCGGCAGAGCAGGCCCAUGUCAAUGGUCUUCCACUCGUCGCCGCAGCUGCCACCUACUCUGACAGUAGACUCCCCGCGUUCUCCGCCGCGUGGGUUUAGUACCGACCGUGCUCGGGGAGAUGAUGCCCGUCCCGGCCGUAGUCCGCCGAGUGUUUCGCGAGAAUCCCUGCACCUUGCGUCCGGCAAACCGUCGUCCAGUCGGCCAACAACCCCCACUAAUUCGACAUCAGCGGCGACAGAGCGGCCAUCCGGGCUCUCCCCCCAAUUGUCCUCCUCAGUAGGAUCUACUGGUGGUAGCCCUACCUUGCCCCCUCUCAAUCGAGCAACGAAACCCAAGAUCCCCGCCAAACCGGCGGCCCUAUCCUUUCACGAGUCGAACUCCUCUCUUGCACCACAGGGCUCGUCGUCGCAAGAAUAUGUGUCUCCAUUUAGCACGCCGCCGGGCAGCCCCGAAAAGACACCGCCAAGUCGACCUACGGUCACCAAACCAGUCCAACCACAACGACGUCCCCCGAGCCGGCAAUCUCCGCCUCUAUCUGCAGUGGAGAUUCCUACGCGGAGGUCAAUGGAAAGGUCACCUGGCCGCCUGGCAUCUUCGCAAGGAUCCAGGGCGACAUCAGCGUCGCGCCGCUCCCCGGCCCCUGAACCUCCGCGACAAUCGAAGCCGUUGACGGUACAGAUUCCUCCCAGAGGGCCUUCUGUCCAACCAUCGUCUUUGGCAAGUGCUCCGCUAUCUGCCCGGCUUAAUCAGAGGAGCGACAGCCCCCAUGCCCGACCAGGCCUCCCACCCCGCCAUCCAUCCACGGCCCGAAGAAGCGGCCGAUCUCCUUCAAGACAAACACCGACUUCCGAAAAUCCUGCAUUUCCUCGACCCCCGCCUAGAGCCGAUUCGAUUCCCACACCUAAAAUUCAACGUCAGCCGUCAUUUUCUAGGGAAACUAAGCUAGGGCCACCACAACCCGUAAAUAACCCUAUAUCAAGCGAAGAAGAACUGGUUGCGGAUGAGCCACCAACACGUACCGAUUAUCCAGACGCAUCGAACACUAACCGGCGACCGCCGCUUCUGAAGUCUGGGCCGAGAGAAAUCAAUACGCGAUAUGACACUCGGCUUAUGGAUGUGUGUGGGAAGCACGUCUGCACAACCGGUUACAUCACACGCGUCUGGGAUCUCACGACUGGUGAGCAGAUCAUGAGCUUAAGUCAUGGUGAAACGGUCAAGAGUCUGUCGCUGGCCUUUAAGCCCGGGGCCGGACUUGAGGAUGAAGGCCGGCGUGUUUGGGUAGGCACAAACACAGGGGAGCUUCACGAGAUCGAUGUCUUCAGUGGGUCAGUAGUGGCCUCUCGGUCAUAUCCAUCGCGUCGGGAGGUGAUCAAAAUUCUACGGCAUAAGAAGGAAAUGUGGACGCUUGACGAUGAAGGCAGAUUACUAGUGUGGCCUCCGGAUGAGUCGGGCGUGCCGAAUCUACAAUAUAGUUAUCAUAAUCCUUACGACAGGGUUGCAAGGGGGCAUACCUUUUCCAUGGUUGUCGGAGACACUCUAUGGCUCGCUACAGGGAAGGAAGUGCAUUUGUAUCGACCGAAUGCGCCUGAUGACGUUUCAUUUAAAAUCCUCAGAAAGCCUUUGGGUUCGCACCACACGGGAGAAGUUACCUCCGGUGCCUACACCACACGAGAUGGUGGCCGGGUGUAUCUCGGUCACGCGGAUGGCAAAGUCACCGUCUACUCAGCGAGCAAUUAUGCCUGUCUCAAUGUGGUGAAUGUCAGUGUAUACAAAAUUAAUUGCCUGGGUAUUGUGGGUGACAACCUCUGGGCUGCCUAUAAGACCGGCAUGAUUUACGUGUAUGAUACAAGUACCGACCCCUGGACGGUGAUGAAGGACUGGCGCGCGCACGACAGCCCAGUUUGCGGGUUCUUGCUCGAUUCAAGCAGUGUUUGGACCAUGAAUCGACUGCAAGUGACGUCCCUUGGGACAGACAACUGCAUUCGUCUUUGGGAUGGAAUGCUCGAAGACGAUUGGCUAGAAAUUCAAAUGCAAAAGAGAGAUGUGGAAUUCUGCACAUUUCGCGAGAUCAGUGCAGUGAUCCUGACCUGGAAUGCCGGUGCCUCUACCCCUGGUAGUGUGCGCACAUCGACGUUCAUUCAAGAUGCUAUUCACCCAGAAAGCCCGCCGGAGAUUCUCGUGUUCGGUUUCCAGGAACUGGUCGACCUCGAAAAUAAGAAGAUAACAGCCAAGAGCUUGCUUCUAGGAAGCAAGAAAAAGGAAAGUGGCGAGAAAGAGCAUAUGAGUCGUCAGUACCGCGUGUGGAUGGAGCACUUGACACGUUGUAUCAAUGACUGCAUGCCACUCGAGGAGUCGUACGUGCUCUUGCAUAGUGCGAAUUUGAUUGGUCUUUUUACGUGUAUAUUCGUCAAGCACAAGGAACGGGCAAAGAUCAAGGACGUCAGUGCCGCUGAGAUAAAGCGGGGCAUGGGAGGAUUGCAUGGCAACAAGGGUGCUCUGGUUUUUCGCUUUGUCCUUGAUGACAGCUCCCUCUGCUUCGUUAAUUGCCAUCUAGCCGCAGGGCAGACGCAAACCACGCACCGCAACAACGAUAUCGCCGCUAUUCUUGAGACUGGGUCGCUGCCUGUGGAGACAAGCCUGACUUCUCGGCUGGAUCACUUUGUUAGUGGUGGAGAUGGGUCGAUGAUAAUGGACCAUGAAAUAUGUAUACUGAAUGGAGACCUCAACUACCGCAUUGACUCGGUGCCGCGACACGUGAUCAUCGAGGAUAUUCGAAACAAUAAUCUCGCAAAACUUCUCGAACGAGACCAACUUCUCGCAUCGAGACGUAAGAAUCCUGGAUUCCGGCUGAGAGCGUUCCAAGAGGCCCCGAUCACGUUUGCUCCGACAUACAAGUAUGAUGUGGGCACGGAUGAAUACGACUCCAGCGACAAAAAGCGAUCCCCUGCCUGGUGUGACCGGGUCCUGUAUAGGGGCCUAGGUCGGAUUAAGCAGCUUGAGUACCGGCGCCAUGAGGUCCGGGCGUCAGAUCACCGGCCGGUGAGCGCAACGUUUAAAUUCCGCAUCAAGACAGUGCUCCCUGAGAAGCGAGAGGUUCUGUGGGAAGCCUGUCAGAAAGAAUUCCAGGCCGAAAAGCGAAGGCUCGCGUCAGAGGCUAGCAUUGAGUACCUCAUCAGCGUACUCGGAACUAACCCUAAACAGGCGCGAGCCCUUAUCCUGGGCAACUGAAGCUCAGUAAUCUCUCUUGAGCUUUCUAUACUUUGUUUAAUUUUCUGUAAGUAGAGGUUGGAAUUGCAUUGGUGCCUAUUUGGAGGCACAAGAACUGCAUAGUAUCUCGGUCAUCGUGAUGCGCUCGCAAGGAUGGCCUGUACGACUUAUGACUCACGAUAGACAUGUAUCACGA